GAUUUCUUUCCAUUCCCUUUCCGCAAUGGCCACCAUCACCAGAAGAUCAUGGCGCGCUUCUUCCAGGAAUUGGCAAAUUGAGCUGCAGGGGAAGAUGGAGUUUGAGAUUUUUAGCAACCUCACCCAGACGGAUGUAUCGCCCGAGGAGGCCUUACAGCAAAUCCUGGCCCGAAUCAAGGCCGUCUUAAACAACAAACAGGAACUGGGUCAGCGUCUCUACGACACUGCGAGCUGUUUGAUUGAAGUUGCCGAACGGACCGCCGCUCCUGAGCGCCUAAACAAGCUUGCGACGUUUGUAAAGCUGCUGCGAGAGAUUACCUGGACGGGCGAGAAUGGCGAACCACUAAGACACGAUGAUUAUCUCCUCUUUACCGACCUGCCUGUAUUUGGCUACACUCUCGCCGAUGAAUUGCAGAGCUUCAGUCCCGACAAAUCUGAUGGAAAUACUGAAGAUGAACAAGCCUGGGAAAAUCUGGUAACUUUCUGUGCGCAGUUUUCCACUCCAAACAAGAUGUUCGACCUCACAGACGUCUAUACAUGUUGGGACCUCCGGCUUGCAUUUGACCCUGAAGGGCCAGCAAAUGAAUGCACAGUGCGGUCCGCGUGCUUGUGGUUUAUUUAUGCAGCUGACACGCUUUGGGCUCAUGUCCUUGACCCCAAAGUAGAGGAUGGGGAAAGGCCGUGGUUUAGUCGGGAGAAUUGGAAGUGGUGGAAGAAGUGGCUGAAAGACUUCAAGUCGCAGUUUGGUGCGAAGGAAAGUAGGAGAACGAGGGAUCUGAUCGAUGAGGCUUUAGUGCAGAUGAAGCGGGUUGAGAAGAAAAGUUAGGACUACGAUUUAUAUUUAUAGAUGGAAUGUAACGC